UCAGCACAUACAUUUGCAGCAUGAACCACUCAGAUGAGCUGUCUCCCUUAGGGAAAAUGGCUCCUGAAGAGUUUGAUGGUGGAAUAGUGGUAGUUUGUCUGAUCCUGGGUCUCUCCUUCUUGGUUGGAGCUCCUGGGAACCUGCUGGUGAUCUGGACCAUCCUGAGACACGUCAAGCAGCGCUCACACACUGUGACUCUCAUCCUGCACCUUGCUGUGGCAGACAUGCUGGUCCUCAUCACCCUGCCUCUGUGGAUCUACUCUCUGGCCCACUCCUGGAUCUUUGGAGAGGCCUGCUGUAAAGCCAUGGUUUUCAUAAUCAACGCCUGUAUGUACAGCAGUGUUUUCCUCAUCACCGUUAUGAGCGUGGAACGUUUUAUGGCUGUACGUUAUCCUUUUGCCUCGGCUGAUUGGAAAAGAAAGCAAGCUCUGAAUAAAGUUCUGGUGGUUCUGUGGAUUGCAGCGUUCUUGUUCAGCAUACCUGUCAUCCUGACUCAGGUUGUUUGGAUGGAACCUGACUCAGAUGAGAAGCAUUGUCUGUACCGGGAAUAUACUUCUGUGACCCAAGAAGUGGUGUGUGUGCUGCUGGAAACAAUAGUGGGCUACAUACUACCCUUCUCCAUCCUCGUGGUCUGCUAUGGCUGCCUGUGCAGCCGCAUCACUCAGAUGACCUUCAGGUCAAAACGCAAGUCCACUGUCUUGAUUGCCAGCAUAGUGAUUGCAUUUGCUAUUUGCUGGACACCUCAUCAGAUAGGAAACAUCCUCUCGCUCAUCAGCCUGGCCACUGAAGGCUCUUUCCAUGAUGUAGCAGAGAGUCUGGAAAGCGUCAGGAGUACCAUGGCUUUCGUUGCAGGAGCCAUGGUCUUCAUCAGUAGCACAAUUAACCCCGUUCUCUACAUGUUCGCCGCUCGCUCCUUUAGGAGCUCGCUGCGUGACACUGGCAUCCAGAAGCUCUUCCGCCACAUCUCCAGCACCUCCCCAGGUGAGGGAAACCGGGAGGUGUCCUUUGUGUCCAAGAGACAAAGCAAUCAAACCAACAGCUCACACUGUAUGGUAGAGUCAAAAGAUCAGAUUAAUACAUUGACAUAAAUGUGUGUAAAUAACCCAUCCUGGUAUAGUACUGUUUAUGUAAGUAGUACUGAGUAUAACUGAGUAUAAUCUUUUAAAAAGUUUUUCUCUGAACCAAACCUCAUUUAAUAAGAUAAUAUACAAGUGACCAAAGCACCCAUGUUAUCUGUGUAGAAGAUUAGUCCAUUCUUAAAUGUUUGGUAACUGUUAAUAUAUAUAUUUAAAAAAUGUUUUGUAUUGGUACCUUAAUGUCCCUUAUGUAAGGAUGUCAUUAACCAUUCAAAAACAAAAUAAUGUAAAUAAUUACAUAUGACAAGGUAUGUCAAAUGUCCCAGUUAAAGUUAAUAUAUAUAUAUAUAUAUAUAUAUGUAUAUAAAGUGUUCUGGUUACGUCCCACCGGAAAGAGGCCCCGGGGAAGACCCAGGACAUGCUUGAUGGACUACAUCU